UGUCCGAUAGCUUGACUGUGAGAGCUCGGCUCGACGACGGAGGAAAUGAGAGGAAACCCUUUAAAUUAUUUGACUCUGACAUGCCGCAGAUUAAAACCGAAACAUCAAUCGGCAUCACAAAGUCACGAACCUGUGUAAUGGAGCAUCCCUCUGAUUACAUCAUGGUGAGUCCGGUGUGAAGAUCUAAGGAGGAGAUGAUACCAGAACCUUCUGCUGCAUCCAGGUCUUCAGGGAAAAAUGCAAACUCUCAGGCUGAGGCGACCUCCUCUGGAGCCGUCAGUCCCUCUGAGGAAGAGUCAGGGAACGAGAACCGACAGAAGAGUGUGAGACGACGAAGAAGAGCGUGCAGCGUCUCGGAAAAUGUCAAGAGCAAAAGAGCCAGAGCCAGAGCCAGUGGCAGCAGCGUUCGAAGGGCACGGGGCAAACGCGCCAAAGAGAAGCAAGUGGAGGCAGUGACCUUGUUUGAGGUGAUCACCAUGGGCAAGAGCGCCAUACAGGCAGUGAUAGAUGAUUGGAUUGAGGCAUACGUGACGGACAGAGACGCCUCUCUACUCGACCUCAUCAGCUUCUUUAUCCAGUGCUGUGGCUGCAAAGGCGCGGUCACAGCAGAGAUGUGCCAGAGUAAAGAGGACAAGCAAGUGAAAAGUAAAAUGGUCGAGGAGCUGGAUGAGGCUGUUGGUCUGCAGUAUAAGCGAUUCCUAGCUUUUCCUUGGAUUCUGACCGUCACGUGGCCCAUGGAUGCAGAUAGUGCAGAGUAUCCACUCGUGCAGUCCGGGCCGUCCGGUCGCUGGUUUCACUCAGAGUUCUGCGACUUUGUGUCGGUGCUGGUGGCUCAGUGUCAGCACAGCGUCCUUUUUGACAGCUACCUGAUGAACAGCCUCAUCUCGCUGCUCACUGAGCUGUCCAACUCAUACGUAAGGGCGUUCAGACACACAUGCACGCUUGCGGCGGUGAAGUUGCUGAGCUCUCUGCUGAGCGUGGCUCUGAGCCUGAGCGUCGGGAUCGAAAACAGUCAGAAGCUGUACAACGUGCAGAGGACGAAGACGGUGAGACAGAAGACCCAGCAACUGGAGAGGACGCAGAAGAAGAUCUCGGAGUUGCAGGAAAAGAGGGUGGAGGUAGAGAGCAUGAUGGACGUCAUCUUCAAAGGGGUUUUUCUCAAAAGAUAUCGGGAUAUGCUUCCAGAAAUUCGCGCAGUCUGCAUGGAGGAGUUGGGCUUGUGGAUGAAGCUCUACAGUUCAUCAUUCCUCAAUGAUAGUUACCUCAAAUACAUGGGCUGGAUGAUGCACGAUAAGGUACCGGAUGUGCGUCAGAAGUGUGUGUUAGCUCUGCAGGGUCUGUUCGGUGAUCCUGUUCUCCUCCCUAAACUAGAUCUAUUCAUCAGUCGCUUCAAGAGUCGUCUGAUCUCCAUGGUGCUAGAUAAGGACAAUGAGGUGGCAGUACAGACCAUGAAACUAUUGGUGCUAAUCUCCAGAGCCACAGACGAUGUGCUGACAUCUGAAGACUACAAGCAGCUCCUUCAGGUUGUUUACUCCUCUCAUCGGCCUCUCGCAGCCACUGCAGGGGAGCUGCUCUACUCAAGGAUUCUCAGUGCUGUAGCUCCAACCUCCGAUAAUCAGGAUGAAAGGAGCGAAGAGGACGAGCGAAGGCGACAGAUGUUUGACAGACUUAAAGCUUUACUGCGGUUUUAUCAGGAGUCUGAGCUCCACAAGCAUGUUGUUUACCUGGUGGACAGCCUUUGGGACUGUGGUGGGUCUCUGCUGAAAGACUGGCCCACACUCACAGCUGCACUGCUGCAGAACAGCUCAGGUUUUACUCCGGCAGAACAAGCAGUGAUUGUGGAGAUCCUGGUUGCGUCGGUGCGUCAGGCCACAGACGGGCCAGCUCUGGUAGGGAGGAGCGGGGCCAAGAAGAUCAUGAGCAAUAGAGAAAAGAAAAUUCAAGCUGACGACUGUCUAACGCUCACUGAACAUCUGUUUUCUGUGCUUCCCAAGUUACUCUCCAAGUUUUCAUGUAGUGGCGACACUGUUGCUUCCCUGAUGCGGAUUCCUCAGUACUUCCACCCAGACAGUCAGGAAGCUAAAAACACACAGUCAGUUUCAAGCCUGAUGACAGAGAUGGCAGCUGCUUUGGACCUUCACUCGGGCCCUCCGGUUCUGGAAGCGGCGGCUCGAACAUACCUCAGUCUGUGUGGCGAUGGCGCAGCCUGGGCCGCGGCGGCCGGAGCCUCACGGGACUCUCUGGUCCAGCGCUGGGUGGACCGACUGACAGAGACGAUGGGGGCGUCGCUCAGGCGUGGCUGUUUUUCUGCUGAGGAAGACGAGACGAGACAAAUUGUAGCGACACUGAAGAAACUCAGAGCUUUCCACAACUGUCAUGACCUCAGUCGUUGGGCCGUGUUUGACCUGCUGUCUCCUCUCCUGACGGAGGACGGCAGGCUGGGAGGACCACCGCCAGAGGUGCUGGAGGAGGCACUGCAAUGCAUGUCGUUUGCCAUGCUGUGGUCCCUCAGUACGAGCAGCCAAACUCUAACUUGCAGGGAGAAAGCUGUGGCCCAGAGGCUCCAGCUGCGUCUCUUCUGUGAGAGAAGCUAUCGGUGUCUCUCCCACUGCAACCACAGCGUGAAGAAUCAGGCCUUCCUGGGUGUGUGCGAUGUCCUGACGGCUCACUCAUACCAGAUGCAGGUGUGGGAUCCCACCUGCUUCGGGCCUCUGCUCUACACUCCCAGUCCCAAACUGCAGAGGGCGCUGCUCACCUUUGUAUGCAUGAACGUGUUUGUCGUCCCAGACAGCGACAUCCAGAGCAGAGUCAGCGAGAGCUCUGAAGUGGAGAGGCUGGAGGAGCUUCACAGGAGAAGGAAUCUGCUGGCGGCCUACUGCAAGCUGAUCGUACACGGCGUGCUGGAGAUGAGCACGGCGGCGGGAAUCUACACGCACUACAUGAAGCAUUACAGCGACUUUGGCGACAUCAUCAAGGAAACGAUUUACAGGACCAGACAGGCGGAUAAAAUCGAGAGCACUCGUACUCUGGUGCUCUGCUUGCAGCAGCUGUUUGUGCAGCUUAAGCGGGAACAAGAGAGCGGUGGCAGGGCUCACUCGGGCGUGCAGACUUUCACCUGCAUUAAGGAGCUGGCCAGGCGCUUCGCCCUCACGUUCGGAGACCUGGUCAAGUUUCGCGAGUGUCUCGUCAUGAUCCACAGGAACGGCAUGGAGUUUGUGUUCCAAGAAUUCAGACAGACUCCAGACAACGCAACACCGCCGUACCUCAACUACCUGACCCUCCUUAGCGAGUUCUCCAACAAACUGCUCAAGCCAGACAAGAAGGCAGUGCUCUCCUACCUGCAAAAACUCACCGCAGAGCACAUAAUUGACCUCAGGGAGGAGUGCUGGCAGCCGCUCAUCUACUAUCGUGCGUCUUUAUUGGCCGUGGCAGAAAUGGAGGACGCCGUGUCGUAUGUGAGCUCAGACAGGAGGCCCUGCCUUCACAGUCGCUCUCCUGUCUCCAAACAAAAACCGGAAGGAUACAAGUCCCUAAGUCAAGGUCGCCCAGCUGAGCAAGUCACUAAGGUUAACAAACCCAGCAUCAGCCACAGCUCUCAGGUGAACCCGGGUGACACGGAUCCGUUCUCCGUCCCUCCGGAGCUCCACGGAAGAAGCUUCAACAUGGCUGCCACUGUCCUCUGCAACAACAGCGAGUCAGAUGACGGCAGCGUGGACAUCGAGCUGUGAGGACCAGGAAGUGGGAGCGGACCAUCUCUCCUGACCGGACAGGACUUCCAUUAGCUGUCUCUUCUAAAUCUGCACCUGAUAACUAGUGUCCACUUCGCUAGGUCGUGCAGAGAUCCAGACUCCAAUGUUUUGUUACACUUAAACAAUAAGUGUUUUAAGUUCUAAAGGGGAAAAUAUGACCAAAAUCAUGUUAUUUAAGUUUUAAUGCUGUUUGUGUCAUUUUUAUUUUAUUUUUUGUCAUAUCGUAAAGCUCUUUUUUUUUGUUUCUAGCAAUACUUGAUACGCGACAUAAGCUGGUAGUUGAAGUAGUGCCAAACUAAGAAACACUAUUUAUUUAUUAAAGGAUCCAGGGUUCCUAUACAGCCUUGAAAAGUGAGAAAUUUUGCUUUUACAGCUUUCCAGGUUUGGGUAAGUACAGAGAAUACCAAACUAACAAUGAAAAAAUGUGUUUCCUGCCUGGGUUCUAUUUUCUAAACUAAAUGUAUUAGGGGAACAUUGGGAUUAAUAUUUUGAUGAUAUUCUAGUUUGCUUCAUUACAAACUUUACUAACUGAAACCUCAAAAUUGAAUGCGCUCAAGAAUGGGGGAAAAAAAGGGGAAGUUUUAGUUUUUCUGACAGAAGUUAAAUUUUUGAAAUACAUUUUUAGUUUGUAGAAUUAGAAGAAUGUAUUGAAUAUCAUGAACUGUGCUUUUAAGAACCUACAUUUAAACCCCAUCAAGAAAAACCUUGAUGGUGUGUUAUCCCAGAUGUCAAAAAGCUGAUGUAUGUAAUGUUGGCAACAUUGCUGGAAAAAUCUAGAAACUUGGGACUGGAAAGGUCUGGAUAUUUAAAAUAGAGAUGUGUGGGAACCCUGUGGAAAUCACCGAUUGAGACUGAACUGACUUUCAGAAACUGAAUAUUUUCAAGAAAAAUGUAAAAAUAUCAGAAUAACCGGCAACGCUGAAUCACAGGGAAGUUUGAAAGUGUAUAGUGAUGUCAACAUCUGGAUAAUUUGGAAUUCCUAACUCAAAAAUAUGCUUAAGAAAUAACGCUAAAUACCUUUUUUCUUUUUAGGAUUACUUUAAAACCCAAAGACCAUGUGAUAAAACAGGGCUUGUGUACAGUUACUUUUUUUUUUUUAAAAGUAGUAUUUAAGGUAGAAUAAGAAUAAAACACCCUGACCAUUUUACAAAAUCACAGAAAAAGUUUGUACUUACAAACUUAUAACAGGUUGUAAAUUCAGUGAGAAACAGUCUGUAAAAUCUUGAACCAAGCAGCUGCUGCCCCAAAACAGAAAACACACCUCGGCUGACGAGUAAAACUGUCCAGAACGUCUUUUGGACAUGUCGGCAAAGAGCGACCAACUCUGUAUCUGUGAAGUUAGAAGGAUUUUUUCCCCCUCCUCUGGCCUCAUAAAUAUCAUUUCUGAUUGUCACUUGUGGAUUUAUGUUCUAUCAAAGUGUGAGACCGCUCACGCAGUCAUUACAUUAUGAGUCAGAAAGUGUCUUUUAAACCUUCUGGUCGAUCAGGGUUUGAUUACACGCACAUGAUUUUACAUCAAGGACUAUUUGUAUUAUGUGACUAUUAUAUAUAUUUUUUAGACAGUGCUGUAAUAAAAAAUUACAUCUUUAAGUUCAUCAAUUUAGCUUUUUAUAUCGGUGUCGGAUUUCAUUGGCUCUGUUGGCAAUUAUUCGUCAUGACAGUUUGUAUCUAUUUGUAAUCUAAAUCAUUUGAAUAAAACGAUACCUGUAGCCUCUUAA